AUGACAGGCGAGAUCGCGGCAUCACGGCGUGAUGGGAUCGGAAACGGCUGGGAGGAGAGGGGACGCGCACACGGCGCGCAGGGCCGGGCGUCGAGGCGUCGAGGCGUCGAGGCGGGGGCAAAGGGAAGGCCACUCACGAUGGGGAUCCGAUCGGGCGCGGGCAGUGGCUUCGCGGCGCAGGCGGGUGUCGGCGAGUCGAGGGCGAGCGUCGUCGAGCGGGUGCGGAAUGCGCUGCUCUGCGAUGCUCUGCGAUGCGCGACGCGGGCGAUGGGGGCGAUGACGUUUACGUUUGAGCGAAAGGCGGGGGAGGGGCGUAAUUUGAAUUGGACUCACACACGUCGGAGAGCGGAGAGCCGGCGCCUGCGCGACGAGACGGGGACGCAGGAUCUGUGGGGCGGGGCGAGGCGAAGGAGAGGAGGAAGAGGGAGCGGAGAGGCUUGCUGCUGCUCGCGAGAAAUAGACGCCCAGCAGGUGCUUAUUGCCGCGUUGGCGCUGCACGCGUUUCUGAGGGUGCUCGACGGCGACGGCGGCGGCGGCGGACGGAGCGCGAGGCGAGAGGAGGGGAAGGAGAGAGCAAGGGCGCUGGCGCUGGCGCUGGACGACACGCUCCCAGGCCGCUUCAGGACGCCUCCCUCGCUCUUCUUCCCUCCGCGGUGCAACGCCACGAGCUCGCCACGUCGCCACUCUCAUCGACGCGCAUCGCGCACUGCAGCCUCUCUGCCCACCGCUCCCUCGGCCUCCGCCCCCUGCCCAGCACCGGGAUCCCCGCUCUACCCGACGAUCCGCCGAGGCUUCGCAUCCGUGCACCGUCUGCCCGCCGCUCUCUCUCUCUCUAGUCGUUUCUCGUUUCUCGCGUGUCAUCCGUCGCCUCGAUAUGCCCCGGCGCCGCCCGCCCCGACGGCGACAUCAACGCCGCGCUCGCGGUGCGCCGCCCACCCCGCAUCCAACAUCCUGCGCGCAGACGCGCAGAAGCCCCGAAUCUCCGCCAUCACUGUCCAGCAGCCCACAUCGCCAGCCUGCGUGUGCUCUCUCGCAUCCCGACGUCCCGUCCCCGUCCCCGCCACGUUCAGUCGCGCGCUCGACUGGUGCUCGGUCCUGCGUCGCCGUCGUAGCGCGCGUUCACCCGCGCAUGCGCACCGCGGCGGCCGCGCGGACACACUCUGCCCCCCAGACAUCGAGGCAUCGGCCCGGCCCGGCCCGGCACCGUCGUGUCUGCAGCCAACAGAGCGCGGUAGCCUGUCGGGAGAGGCCCCGCUCGUACCCGCCAGCACCGGCCCCCCCUUUUCUGGCUUUGCGCGGAGUGUCGACGAAGAACGGGUCGACGGGGCGACGACGAACGCUCGCUCGCGGGAAGUUGCCGUCGGCGAGAUGGGGUGCAGAGGCGCGGGACGCCCGACCGCGACGCGUUCGUCUCGUCUCGUCUUGUCUCGUCUUGACGAAUCUCGUAUCCCACGAGCGCCCUGCGCGCUGCCGUGCGAGGCACCAGAGCGUCGUUCCCGUGGUAAACAGGACCGCGGGCCCUCCGCGCUCGAGGCGGCACGCACGCGCGCACGCAUCCCGCGAGGCUGGGGCCACCUCUGCGCGCAGGCUUUUUCUCGGCGAUCGGGCGGCCGGGCGCACGCUGGCCGGGAGCGCGUUCCGGCCGGGUCGUCGACGCGACGUGACGCGACGUCUCACUGCUGUCGACGCCCCAUCUGGGAUCUUGCGUCUCUUUGUCCGCCGGAGCGCGAGGCCGGCGAGACGGAGACGAACGGCGCACGUCCAGAUGCAAAGCGCCCCGGGGCUCGCGUCCGGUGGACGACCCCACGGACGGUCCAAGUGCACUGGGUCCCUGGCCGGCACGGGCUGGGGUGGCCCAUAAAGAGCAGGUGCUGA